GAGAGCCAGGGUUACCCGGUCCCACAGGCCCACCUGGCCCUCCAGUUUCAGUGGAGUCGGCGGCCAGAGGAGACCCUGGAGUCCCUGGAGGCAGUGGCCUUCCCGGUUUCACCGGACCCAGAGGUGACAAAGGUCUUCCAGGCCCGCCUGGUCGUCAGGGUCUGCCUGGACUUCCAGGUUUUGCUGAACAGAGCAAAGGGCUGCCGGGACAGCCUGGUUUCCCCGGGCAGCCGGGAUUUCCGGGCGGCCCUGGCCCGAAAGGUGAAGGCGGAAUCCUGGGAUUCCCUGGCAUGUCUGGACCAAGGGGAGAUGACGGCUUC